ACUUGAAUGAAUUGUGUUAUAGUGCAUUAAUCCCUGUGGCUGAAUGUUGUAUAAUUGUUGUGUCACCUGACACCCCCAAAAUAAAAACAUACCAUACACGCACUUUCUCUCCCUCACACGCACAUUUAGAAAAGAGAGAGAGAAAAAAAGGAAUGAGGUUCAUUAAUCCCAGCGGCUCAUUCAGCAGUUUGGCUGUGCAGCUGUAGUGGGCCGUGUGGUUUUUGAAGAAAGGACAGUGUUGGCGAUUGCAUUAAAUAACCAGUCUGGAGCGCUGCAGACAGGAAGCAACAUUUUUACUUUCUUCUCCGCUCCUCAGACAGCUGUUUGGAAUCAGUGCUAGCCUUCCCCAUCUCUCCUCCGCCUCACACGCCCUCUCCAGGGGCACCGCCGCAGUGACUGGCCCCUUUGUGAAGCCCCGCUGGUGCAUCCGAGGGGCGAUUCGUCAAGUCAAUUUAGCAGACGCAGUGACGAUAUGUCAUGCAACUGUGCCAUGUGAGUACAGCGAUUUGGGAUUAGGAGACGAGGGUGUGGACGUAGACUUGCAGAGAGACGAAAACUCAAAAACUGUUUUUAAAAAUGCCUGAGAAAAAUGGUCUUUUGACAUCCAAUUUGUGUAGCAGUGGUUCUCACCCGAUUCAAGAUGUUCUCACUGGCGGCCAAGCUUGGUGCACAGCUAGAAGAGGAUGCAUCAAUGUUGAAACGAGCCACUGCACUGCUUGACAACUCCAUGCCCAGAACACGCAUCCCGAAAAACGGACAUAGGGGAAUUCUGGCUCUGGACAUGACGGCUAAAGUUCAAGGGAUUAGCACUAUUCAAUCCUCCUACACUCCUCCAAAGGGCCCUGGAGUAAGACAGAAGGGUUUGCGGGGAGAGCUUCUGGAGAAACACCUCUAUAAGAAAAUAAGCGAGGAAGUCCAGACAGAGCUCAACCCGGGGCCAUUAGCCACUGAGUUCUGCUCCACAACCCAAGCAGACUUCUCCGUUGAGGGCUUUAGGUGUGUCACCCCGACCCCAUCCCAGGAAUAUGACUACAGAACUGAUCAAGCCAUCACAUUCUGGAGUGAAAACUGCCACCGUGCUCCGGGUGUCACUGCUGUCAGGAACAAAGACACUCCAUUCAGGAAGAACGCCUCCUUUAGCACACCUAUCAGUGAACAGCUGGAUAGUCCUAUGCUAUAGACAUUUAAAACUCAUUCAUUCAUGUGCACAGUUCCUUUUCAUAUUUUUCCUGUGAUGCCAUUUUACUUUUAUUUUACAGUUUUGAUCAUAAUGAAAUGUACUGAAAGAGCAUUUUCAUGAGGCCAUUAAACUUCAUCGUUUAUAUUUA